UCAGUCACGAGUAUCCACCUACACAAACGAAUCACUUCAAAUCUUAGGUCUUACCUUCGGAAUAAAGAAAUGAAUUUACCAUUCUGUUGUUGACAGCCAUAUCUUUAAAAAUCAUGUAUUGUUGUUUGCACGUUUAAAAAUAUGUCAACAAAAAAUUAGAAACUGAGAGAUUAGAUGGAUCAUGCAUGUAUAAAUUAAUACACAUUAAAACAUAUUGAAGUAAACUUGUAACAUCUACACUUUUUAGUAGCCAUGGCUCAAAAUAGUAUUCUGUUCACGGCCAUCUCUUUGCUUCUUUUCUCUAUCUUUUCUCAUUGUCAAGCCCUAACUUCCUUGGAAGCUCUUUGUGAAUCCACUCCUCACCCGCCCGUCUGUAAAUCCGUUCUACCAGUCGGGUCACCCGGUUCAGUUUCAGGAUUUGCCAGUAUUGUCAUCCUAAAGUCUCUAGAAGCUUCUAAACACCUUCUCGCCUCCUUCGACCAGCAUCAUCCCACAUCAGGACCCCUUGAUGAUUGCCAAUUACUAGCCGGUCUGACCGUUGACCAGCUCACACGUGUGAACGUCAUCAAGGAGACCGUUCUUGGAACCUCCGAGGUCAACGAUCUCCUCACGUUGCUUAGCGCCGCUCUUACCAACUACGAGACGUGCCUAGGCUCGUUUCAUGAUGUCACCGGAGAGUCGUCCGAGAAUUUUGUUAAGGACCGCCAUGAUAUCCUCACACGUGUUUCGGACGGAAUAAAGCUGAUUAGCGUUUCUCUUGCCUUGUCCAAGGAGGCUUGGCCGAUAGCAUCUGAUGCUUCAGCGACAAAGCCACCACCGAGGAUUCUUACGGAGGACGAGAAAAAGUCUUCGUUGCCAGAAGUUUCGUAUGUGAAGGUGACGGAACGUGAGAGAAUGGUUUACGAGAGAGUUAAAGUUUUGGGACGAAAGCUUCUUCAGUCUUCUCCUGGAGGCAAUGGUGGUCUAAAGGUGGCCAAGACAGUGGUCGUUAACCCUAACGGAAUCAAUGGUGAUGCCUAUAAAACCAUUAAUGACGCUAUAGCUGCUGCGCCAACGAAGGCAGAAUCCGAAAACGGAUACUUUGUGAUUUACGUCGUGGCUGGAGUUUACGAAGAGUACGUCACGGUCCCUAGCAAUAAAUCGUACGUGAUGAUCAUUGGUGACGGCAUUGACAAAACAAUCAUCACCGGAAAUAGAAACGUGGUUGAUGGUUCCACCACUUUUGCUUCUGCUACACUAGCUGUUAUCGGAAGAGGCUUCACGGCGGCGAACAUAACCGUGAGAAACACAGCCGGCCCUACCAAACACCAAGCUGUUGCUGUCCGAAACAGUGCUGACAUGUCAGCAUUUUACAAAUGUAGCUUCGAGGGCUACCAAGACACGCUCUACGUCCACUCACUUAGACAAUUUUACAGAGAAUGCGACAUCUACGGAACGGUAGAUUUUAUAUUUGGAAACGCAGCAACGGUUCUUCAGAACUGCAACCUCAUUCCUAGAUUACCACUUCAAGGACAAUUCAAUGCCAUAACUGCUCAAGGCAGGAGCGAUCCAAACCAGAACACCGGGAUUUCGAUACAAAAUUGUAGAAUAACACCGAGUGCUGAAUUGGUUUCAAGUAAUUUCUCGGUUAAGACGUAUUUAGGUAGGCCGUGGAAGGAGUACUCAAGGACGGUUUACUUGCAAAAUUUCAUGGAUGGGUUUAUUGAUGCUAAGGGAUGGAAUGAAUGGAUGGGUGAUUUCGCUUUACAGACUUUGUAUUAUGCGGAGUUCAUGAAUACCGGACCAGGUUCAGAAACAGCUAACCGGGUUAAUUGGCCCGGUUAUCAUGUGAUCAAUGAAACUGAAGCUGUUUGGUUCACUGUCUCAAACUUUAUUGUCGGAGACUACUGGUUGCCGAGCAUGGGAGUUCCCUAUGCCGGUGGGUUGAUGUAAUCUCGAUUGAUUUCUGGUCAUUCAAACCAUAUAUUAAUCUUAUCAAAGUUUCCAAGAAAAUUAUUUUUUGUUGUUUUGUUUGUACAAGAAACAUUUAUUUACACAUAUUAUUCUACACAUAUAUAUAAUAGGUUUAAUAUAUAUAAGUAUUUGAUCAGUGUUUUCUU